AUGGCUUAAGCAGAAGGUGAUUAAUUUACAUAAUAAUUUGCUUAAGCUAGUUAAAAAUUUUAAAAAUAUCUUGAAAACAUUAUAACAGAGUAGGAGUUAUAAUAAACUCAAGAAAAAUAAGGUGAGUAUGAGUAUGAAUAUGUAUAUGAAUGA